AGUUCAUGUGUGCCAGCAGAAGAAGAGCCUGUGUAUACCAACCAGAGUGAUUGUCAGCCUUUAAUAAAACUGGACAAACCAUUUUGUAGUCAUUACGGAUUUAAGCUGGAUAAAUACGUCAAUGUAUCUGUGCAUACACAAAAGAUUUGGAAUAACAAAUUAUGGGAGAAGCAGGAACAAUACGACCAAAUACUUUUUAAAGGAAAAAAUAUGUCAGCUUCGCCCGAAUGCAUGGACCAAGUUCGCUUCAUUGCCUGUUACUACACGUUUCCGGGGUGCGAUCGCAGCACGAGUGUACUGAGACCAAAGAAAUUUUGUAAAGAAUCGUGUCUUCAUUUUACAAAUGAAUGUAGUAGGUUUGUUAACGCGUGGAAAGAGAUCUUAUUGCCAUCAUAUCCAGAAAAGGCGGCUCUGUUCAGUUGUUUGGAAAAACCAUCAAGAAAUGCUGGGGAGUCUCCCGAGUGUGUAUAUUAUGAUAGGAAGGAAAGUGUGGAAAAAGAAGGUAUGUUAAUCGGUCAGUAUUUCGACAUAUCCCGCACUCUGUCCGGCAGUUGGGUAGGCGAUCUGCCUGACGUUCGGUCAGUCAGUGAGUCAGUCAUGAGCCAGUUAGCCAGUGUGGAAAACCGCCAGCUCGCCGCCGGACGUACUCCUUAAAGGUGGGCGAAGCGAAGGAGGCGAAAGACCAUCUGCCAGGUUUAGCUAUGCAUUUUAAACACGGCAAAACAAUUUUUGGAGCUGCCAAUCUAGUAGAGGAAAUAUGGUUAAUGUAAUUUAUUAUAGACAGCUACCGGAUAUAAGCUAUUAUUCUGCAAUCUGAUUGGUUUUCUCCUAGCAGGAUAUUAGCUCAUAUCCUGCUUGUAGAGAAAACAAGAUGGCGGCUCAAGAAUUACUGAAGUUUUGCGAACGAGAAAACAGCAAGUUAUUCGCUUUUUAUAGCCUUAUGUGAAAUAAAAACACAAUGAAAAACCCCCAGCGAUUGUUUACAAGUUAGUAAUUUAGUAAAUAAAGUUUUAUUAAUAUCGAAACUUGAAAAUAAUCGACGGCGUUCUUUCGCUACCGUUAUUCAUAAUUACGGUUUGCAAUUUGAUUGCGCUGUAUGAACAUUGCAGUCUGAUAGUUAAUACACGAAAGAGGGAGGUAUGCGAAAUAAAUAUGGCAAACCCAGCAGAUGGGUUUGGUAUAUGUCCCGUUUUCGCCCCCCCCCCCCCCAAGCUGGCCGUCUGCCACGCAGGGCCUCUAGGUCCGUCAUUAAGCACUCAAUCUGUCUGUCAGUCUAAUUACUACUUUUUCUUGUAGAUUGCGUGUAUCUAGAUGGCAGCAGUUACUAUGGCAACAUAUCCGUGACAGCCUCGAAUAUUCCGUGUCAAACAUGGACAGAUCAAUGUCCGCAUCGUCAUACCAUGAACAAAACAUAUCCAGAACUAAAUAACGCUAAUAACUAUUGUCGAAAUCCUCAAAACUCAGGAAAACAACCUUGGUGUUUUACUACUGAUAAGAACAAGAGGUGGGAGUACUGUGAUAUCCCCAAAUGUAUAUCAGGUAUAAAGUAAUAUUGUAAAGUGAUAUCUCUUAAUUAACGCAUACCAUGUAUACAAGAUCAUUUCGAAACCGAUUUUUGCACGGGACUUCGGUGGCGCAAUCGCAAGUGCCUUUCACCACUAAGAUCAUGGGUAUAUGAUUCCCAUUCAGGAGGCAAGACAUUCAUGUGAAAAGAGUCAGUCAAUGCUCUACAGAACGUCGUGGGUUUUCCCGCGUACAUAUUCUGAUUUUCUCCCGCAGAGUGUGUUGACAGUUUUAUUGUAACUGUGCUCCAUGAUCUGACAGGCGCCCAAGACGCACCCUUUCCCAGAAAACCUUCCACUCGUAGGACCGGUUGAGCAAGACCCUCGUUAUUCAGCUUUACCUCCAGCUGCAAGUAAGGAUGAUUAGCGCACGCCCAGCCCCCACGUAUCUCCUUACACAUAGAAAGCACAAUUUUUCAUGGAUCUGCAUGCAAGUUGUAACAAGGUUGUUGUCAAGCUAGUAUCUGGAUAUGUUCGAAUCAUUCGUUUCCAGUUGUUGUAACAACGUUGUUAUACGGAGUUGAUGACGGUAACACACUUGCUACGACUUGUUCCAGCUAGACUAAAGCCGGUUUCCACUUCGCCCAUACCGCAGCGAAACGUACUGGUGAGCAUGCGCAGAUUGAAAAGAGGUUUACAAAUCCACGUACUUCCGGGUGUAUUCGCGUAUCAAAAUAAAAAGUUCGUCGCCAGUCAACUUUUAGCGUACUACGGAAGUACUAACCAAUCAACAUUCACGAAAUUUUGAAAUUUAAAAACGCCUUUGAUACGUUUCAGUACGGUACGCUUUGUAGUGGAAAACCGGCUUAAUAUACGCUAUUCGUAACAAGUUGCUACGAUCUGUCAUCAACUUGUUAACAAGUUGUUACAACUGUUGACUAAAAGUUGUUAGACUUGUUAACCUUUCCUGCCCGACUUGAUAAAGGCGCCUUUAAAAGCUCGUCAUUUCACAUAAAAUGGUGAUCGUAAAAACAUAUUGUAAAAUUAUAAAGUUAUUAUGGUAAUUUGCGCGUGCUUUCAAAUUGCCAUAUUUAACCUACCGUUAUAGGCCUUACAUGCAUAUAUAUAUAUAUAUAUAUAUAUAUAUAUAUAUAUAUAUAUAUAUAUAUAUAUAUAUAUAUAUAUAUAUAUAUAUAUAUAUAUAUAUAUAUAUAUAUAUAUAUAUAUAAGUAAUUUGAUGUUUUUAAAAAUAAUUGGUCAAAAUGUGCAAUUUCGGUAUAGUAUGACGGGAACCCCCCCCCCUCGUCGCCAACAUUUCCGGGAAAAAUUUUUUAGGUGCCCCAUUCAAUAUCUAAAAGUGCCCCUCGAAGCAAUGCCGCCGUGCAAGUAAUUAUAGCGGUGUCAUUCAGACUCAAAAAAAGAAAUAAAGGCUUCAGCCUGACCUGGGAGGAUAACAUACAAUUAAUAUUUUCAUGUGGUAGUGUGUGACCCCAAAGCAUCUUUUUCUUUGAUACAGUGGAUGGUAGUUAUAGCAACUGGUCAUUAAACGGUACCUGCAAUGUAAUUUGCGGUGACGGUUUUGAAACAUGGUCGCGAGAAUGUAAUAACCCUGAGCCGAAGUAUGGUGGAAGAAACUGCAGUCAUCUAGGAAAACCUGUUGAGUACAGACAAUGUACUAAGAAACCUUGUGUUGGUAAAUAUACUAUUCCUUUCGAAAGUACCGUAAACUUGCGAAUAAAGAGCAAUGCAAUUAUAAAGCUAAUUAAGUCCUUACCUUAACAAAUUUGCUAAAGUAAUCGUUCUAAUUUCUGUUUAUGAUGGAUAGCCCUAUCAGCUUUAGGCCGUUCUACAUGAAGGGUACAUAAAAAAAUUGCUUGAAAAUGUUAGCUCAACAGCCACAACUGCAAGUUCCGCAAAAUUUGUAAAAUUUUGAUUGGGGUUUGCCAGCAUCAGAACUACUAAAAUUAUUUUGAAAAGUAAAUUUUCGAAUGCAGAGGGUUUUUAUUUAAAAAAACAUUUUAAAAAUGGCUUGCGCACAAACGAGGAAAGAUUAAAACGCAAUUUGAAUUCAUAGGGUGCAACUUUAGAAGGUGUUUUAUGAACUAUCAAAAUAUUGGACAAUUUGAUGCACAUUAAAUCCAACGCGCAACGUUUAUUGCUUGGACAAUAAUAUUUUUGCCAUAGUGGCCUUUCAUGCAUAAUUUAUUACACGCACUGCUGGUUUUAUUUCAUGAUUGAUUCUCUUUAGAAACAGUUAAAACAUUAUUUGUGAAGGCUACUGUGGCAAAAAGUCCACGGAAGCUUAAAAUACCGGAAAUUGCCCGCGCAUAUUUAUCGUAGGCGAACGUGGGAAAUCAGGAUUAGUUAGGGUUAGGAUAUGUCAACAAACAUGUCGAAUUCUAGCUUUAAAAUUUUUAUACUUCUGUCAAGUUCUGUGGGAUAUGACUUUAUGACGGUUUAUGUUCUCAAGGAAUACCUUGUACCCUUGAAUAUUUAAAGAAUAAUUAAUCGGCAUUUUAGCUAAGUGUUGUAAAGUUGUGAAAUGAUUUUUCGACCAAAUGACAAUAGCUAUAUAUAUAUAUAUAUAUUUCUUAUAUAUAAAAAAUUUAAAAUAUCAUGAAUUAUUUGAAUUUCGUAUGUUAUUGCUCAUCACAGAAGGGAAUAGUAUUGUAGGAAAUUAUAGGUUUUUAGCUAGAAACUGUAUUUCUCUUUGCUUGUUUACUGCUAUACAGGUAAAUCAACAAUUGAACGGAAACGAGUAGUCGUACUUGUAUACUCGUAUAAUAAACGGCGGUAGUCGUACUCGUAUUCAAAUCUAAAGCUCUCUAAUGUUAGUACAGAAAGCUGCGUGUUACUGAAAUCAAACCCCAGUCAUACAGAGGUGCAUGCACUAUAAUUAUUAUUCAUAUCGUUUAGUUAUAUAAAUAAACAUGCAGGAGUAAGUUAAUUAAAUUGUAAUUCUUAUGGUUUGUGAGUACUGGGAAAAUUGAAUCUAGUAUACUAUCAUUCUUGUUAACGACUAAUGUUUAAUUUAACAGUUAACGGUGGCUACAGCAGCUGGAAUUUAAGCAGUCAAUGUAAUGUUACAUGUGGACAAGAAGUAGAAAUAUGGCGGCGUUCAUGUAACAAUCCUACUCCAAAAAAUGGAGGUCGAAAUUGCACUGUGUUGGGAGAGGAUAUUAAACGUAUAAUUUGUGAAAGACGACCUUGUCCAAGUAUGUUUCAAUAAAUCUUCUUUUCAUUUUUGCCAAAAUCAGUUAAUUUCUUUCGCGAUUUGCCCAUAUAGUACGUUGACACCAGUAAGCUCUAUCGCGUAUGAGAAUGGCCUCUGAGAAAUUCAUUAACAUAGUACGUGUUGUAUUUAACGUAUAAUCACACACUUUUUGCCUCGUACUUGUAUAUUAAGUAAAGAACACGGCUGUUUGUGUUUUAAACGUUACUUGUAAUGCAUGUGUACGUGAGAGUUCUACCUUUGAAUAAUUUUAGUUGAUGGUAACUAUAGCAACUGGACUACAUCAUCAGCAUGCAGUGUGACAUGUGGUGUUGGGUACCAGAUAUGGUUCCGGGAAUGUGACAAUCCACCUCCAACGUAUGGGGGGAAAGACUGUUCCAAAUAUGGUAAAGACAAAGACAGUCGACCGUGCCACCUGAGGCAUUGUUCAGGUUAGUUUUUUAAUUGUUUGAGCUGAUUAGUGAUCAGUUAACAUUUUCACAAGGGUAUACAAGUAGUAUUCUUUUUAAAUCUCAUCCAAACCAUUCUCUUAAAUGUUCAAUGCAGAAAAGAACCAAUCAAACUCACAAUUAAUUUUCAAGCAUAAAGCUUAGCUCACUAUCUUUCAAUUAAAUAGUGACGUCACGUUCUGCAAAGGUGAUCAGAAUCGCAUAUGGUGUUUGUGUUCCGAUCAUCAUUAUGGCCAUUGGCUUUUUUCUCAUUCGUAAAAGAAACGUCUUGAUGAAACGAUUUAAAAGAGCAGAUCGUAAGUUUAUUGAGCUUUACUGUAUAUUAAUAUUAAUAAUUUUUUACGUACAUGAUUUAUGCAGAAUAUGAUUCGACUACCUUGGCGAAAAAAGGGGUAUAGUACAGUUAGUACAUGUCCUCCUACUUCUGUGACCGGUGUUUCAUUUCAAAACAUUUACCAGUUGCUUAGUUUAUAGCAAAAACUUGUGGCUACAGCAUCGUGGUGAAGGAGAUACAACUACCUGAAUUAAUAUACAAAAGUGUCACAGUUCUUUUCGUAUCUGCUACAAAGCUCUGCUGUUUCUACUCACUGGCACCGUCGUUCGAGAUUUUAACUUGUAGUUAGCAUUUUGCAUUUUGGAUAAACGCACCCAGGUUAUGUUUUCACGAUUCUCGCCAAAACAAUCGAUCGAGUCAUACGCAUCG